AUGUCACCUUUCCCGUUGCUGUUGGGCGACAAGCUGCCCAAGUACACGUACACACCGAUACCGGCCGGCGCGCGUACCUUUCGGCUCGCUAAGCUCCUGCCGCCCGAGCCCUCCUGGAUCCCGGGCGUCGAGCCCACGAUCCGAAUUUCCAUCCAGACAUGCGAAGCAGGCAGCGACCAAGGUGCCGCCGCAUCCGUCGAGUACGAUGCGCUCUCGUACGCCUGGGAUGUGCCGCCGUCCGUCAAGGGCCCGAACCGGCGCAUCAUUGUGGACAGCGGCGGCGGCGGCGGCGAGCACGCGUCCACCCUGCUCAUCUAUCGUCCGCUGGAGCUCGCGCUGUUGCGGUUUUCCGCCGCCAAUGCCCGGGACAAGGGCUCCAAGCAUGAGCUCCCCAUCUUCAUCGACCAGAUUUGCAUCAACCAAGACGACAACGACGAGAAAGCGCAGCAGGUGCGCCUCAUGCAGGUCAUUUACAGCCAUUCUCGCCGUGCUAUUGUCUGGUUGGGCCCCGGUACCGCGGCCUCUGACACUUGGUAUACCUACGUCCGAGCCAUCUGCGCGGAAGGCGUCCUCACCGAGCUCAUGGGCCCACGCGUCGCCACCAUCAUGCGCAUCUUUGACGCUCUCACCGAUGCCACCAUCGUCCUGACCGACCCCGUGGAGAUACAAGACCACAAAGACCUUCUUGCUCUGACCAAACACUUUGCUGACAAGUAUCCCAUCGCGGCGUAUUUGGACGUGCUGCGGCGAUCAUACUUUAGCCGCCUGUGGACGAUCCAAGAGGCCUGUCUCGCUCCAAAGAUAGUGGUAGUCUGCGGUGACGAGCUUCUCUGCUUUGACUGCUUCCGUGCGGGCAUGUUCUUUUACAAUGUUCAAAACAGCUGGUGGCUAUUCCAUUUGACAGGUUCCGUAUCCCGCAAGGAGCUGUACAUGCGCGAUGCCGUGUUUGAUGCCACGGAGACGUUCCGUCGGAUCUACAGCGAGCGGAAGGCUAUUCACGAGCGUGGCAAUCGCGCACCGCUGCACAAAAUUCUCAUCAACUACAGCUUAAGUAACUCGUCGCGGUGGAAAGUCUCCGUGUCGCUCGCGCAGGACCGAGUGUAUGGUCUCCUCGGCCUGACGGCGCCUGAUGAUCCCGUCAAGAUGCAACUGGGCAUUUACUACAAUAUAGAGAAUCAGUUGGCGGCGCAGGUACGCGCAUACACGGAAACAGCGGGCUUGAUCUUGGAGCAGGGCCACCUGGACAUGCUGCUCUUUAACCAGAUGCCGAAAAUAACAGAGGGCCUACCUUCAUGGGUACCGGACUGGGCCAUGGAUUUGGCACUUCCCGUGGCAUGGGCGGCGUUGCAUGAACCAGCCUUCACCGCGGGAGGGUUACAAGACGCAGCAGAGGUCCAUGCGGAUGCGUCAACAGGCAGGCUUCUUCUCAAAGGCGGACACAUCGGCCGUGUCACUGCCGUUGGCCAGAUGACGUACACGACCGAAAGUAUAUCAGAUCUGAGCCAAGUCAAAUACACCGACGCCAAGCUCGUUUUCGACGAAGUUGACCAGUUUGUUCAUGCAGCCCUGGCCAGCAGAGCCACCGAGCCCCCCUCCUCGGAGACUCUCACCAACACAUGUCUACGCGUGUACGACUCGGGCCUCAGCUUUCGCCACUUCCAAUCUAAACUAGCCUCUCCAGAAGCUGGCGCAGCCCGUCUCCUCGCACUACAAUCGUCGAUAGCGGAUCUCGGCGCGAGACUGCUCCGUGCUACCACGACCGCGCGGUCGUAUUCGAUAUUCAAUAUCUAUGCCACGAUUGGCAUCACCCCGUGGUACUUCGACUACUACCGCGCCACAACCGUCUUGCACCGCCUCGCCCGCGGACCCAUCCCGCUCGCGGGCAUAUUUAUCCUUGCGCUGGCCGACCUGGUGGAGGAUGUCAUCGGGCUGUGCGUCGCGUCCGCCCGCGUGCAGUAUGCGAGCUUGUGCAUCGCCCUACGGCAACGCUUCGGCCGCCGCAUGCUCAAGGUCACCAAUGAGCAGAUGCGGAGCGUGGGACUCGAUCCGGACGUGGCCAAGGGCGAGGACAUGACUGCCUUCUUGGCGAAUUUGCAGCGGAAUGUCGGGAGAAGGGUGUUGAGGACUGCCGAGGGACACGUCGGCAUGGGACCACGCGAGAUGGAGCCGGGCGAUGAUAUUGUAGUCCUGUACGGCCUGACGACGCCGCUAGUCGUGAGACCUGUCGAGGGAGUGCAGCAAGAGUGGACGGUGGUGGGCGAGGCGUACUGCGAUGGUGUCAUGAAUGGCGAGGCCUUGGGGGUGAAUGACCGAGAACUUGUGUUGGUCUGA